GAGAGUACAUUGGUCCCGUAUCCCUCUCGUGUCACACCACAACACUCCGUGUCAGAGGAUAUGCCCCAGGUGGACAGAGCCAUUGAGCAGCAGGGCUAGACGGGAGACCCAGCCCCUAGUGGACCUAAUCCUCACAGUGUCCAGUCCUCCCUGACCACGCUGGUCCCACUGGCCAUCUAACUGGGCGGGCCAUGGAGCUGAGGACCAUUCCCUUGGGCACACGCAGAAGGGCCAGCUCUGCCUUCACUGACCCUCUGUACGAUAACUGCCUGUCCCACUCAGAGAGCAGCGACCUCGGGGUGACCAGCGCUCUCCCUGCCCCGGUCACCGUCCUUCCUGCCGCGGUUCCCACGCUCCGAGGGAGAGAGGAUGGCAGCGGUCCAAGCGGCCCAGGAAGCAGUGGAUGGGCCACGGGGGGACAGGGCUGGCCAAAGCUGGCCGCUGAGGACCAUGACACUGUUAGCUGUGGCAGUACACACGAGAGCAUCCUCUCCCUCUACGACAACCUGGAACUGCCCAGGAGCCCCACGGAGGACAGCCUGGACACGGACCGCAGCGAGAGCGCGUCGGAGCUCUCGGAGCCCAAGGACUGGACAGACUUCACAUGGAGGACAGAGAACAGAUGGAUGUCCUCUUGUGAGAGUCUGGAGGACAAAAGCCGAGGAGCAAAAGGCCAGCCCAACAAGAGAAGCGGUUGCAAACCCGACCCCUUUCUUUUCACGGCAGUGGAGUCCAGGCCAAAAAUCUUAAAGGUUCCACACCCGUUCUCCAGCACAGAACCUCAGACGCAACCUUUUGUCAGAGACAUUGCUGGAGACGUCUUACAUCAAGGCACUAGAGACCUCCACGCUCCGCUCUCUCUAAAUCUGCCGCUGGUCCCAACCCCUUACCCCUCUUCCUUACCUGCGGCUCUUCCACCAUCAACCAGCCACCCUGAGGUCCACGUGGUCCAGCAGUCCAGCCAGCCGUCCAGCACAAUGACCGUGCUUCUCACCAGCAUCAAGCAGCAGAUAGCCCGACAGAGGGACGAGUAUGAAAGCCAAAUAAGGAGGCUGGAGCAGCGGAACGAGGCGCUGGAGGCGGAGGUGCUGGGGCUGAGGGCCAACCUGGAGCAGCAGCGCCGCUGGUACCGCGCCGUGGAGCUGCGGCUGUGUGAGGUGGAGCGGGCGCGGGCCGACGCCGACCGCCGCAACAGCGAGCUCCAGAGCCAGAUGGAGCAGUUCUUCGACGCCUUCGGCGAGCUCACCAACGAGGCCAAGAAAACCGAGCGCAUCGUGCAGGGUUUCUGACACAUGACAGUGACACCCAGAAAAUACUACUCUCAUGUACACUGGUGUUGAUACCAGUUCUAAGCAGAGGUAACAGUCAUCUGGUUUUAGGUGGUAUGAGAAAGGUAAUUCCCAAGUUUAUGUUUUUAGGUCCCAGGGUUUCCUUUGGUAACUGCUACCAUUACUGUAAGAGUGCAAUAACCUGCCAAUAUUGUCAAAAGUUGAAAUUUCAAUUAAAAGUAACUCAUAAAUGAAUAAUUGCUUUCCAUGUUUCCAUUUUGAAUUAAGAUUUUUCUCCAUUUAAUUAAAAACAAAUUUCCUGGA